UUUAUCUCACUAAACAUGGCCGAUCACCACCACCACCACCACCACCGCCCAAAUCGUAUCGCCCUCCCCCCACGCGCCACCAAUGCCGCCGCCGCUACUCCGACCCCCCGCCCCGCUUUCCCUCUCUUCCCCCCCACACCUUUCACCCCCGCCGCUACUCCGACCCCCAUUUCUCGCCCCUCCGCCGCCACCUCCCUUUUCCUCCUCUUCUCCCUCCGCUCUCUCUACUCCCUCUUCCCAUUCCUCCGCGCCUCCCCUCCCUCCUUCUCAAUCUUCCCCUUCUCCUUCCUCGUCUCUCUCCUCUCCUUCUUCCUCACCCUCUCCUUCUCUCUCUUCGCCUCCGUUUUCGGCCUCGAUUCUCACACUAGAAAGUCCCAGCGCCCCCUUCUCUCUCUCACUCUAAUCACCCAAUCCCAGCACAAGCUCCUCGCCGCCAAAUCACUCCUCCUCGCCGUCGUUUUCCUGCUCAGAUUCCAGGCGUUGCGCUACUGCGGCGCCGCGGCGCUGAUUCUCGCCGAAUUGGCCGGUAUCGUCUCGGCGCGUUUCUUCCAGGAAUGUAAAAAUCGAAUCUUUACCGAUGGGAAUUCGAUCGGGUCAUCCAAAAUUCGUGGGUUUAUCGCACUUUUAUCUGGGUUGAUCUUGUUGUCUCUCAGCUGGGAUCGAAUCGAAUGCUUUCCUUUAUCUCAUGUGAAUAUUAUCAACAGAGGGUUUGCAGCAUUUCCUAAUUCGAAUUGUUUGAGGAUUUGGCCAAUGCUGCUGCCAUUCUUGUCAGGGUUUUUAGGGUGUUACGAAAGGGUUUUGUCGAAUUGGGGGGAAAUUCGUGAGAUAGGGCAGAAGAGGGUUAGGUUGAUCACAUUGUUGUUCACUACAGUUGUGUUGUUCAUACCUGCUUGUGUUAGCAUGUUUGUGUUUGAAUUCGAGGGCGAUAGCAUUUUGUUGUCGAGCCUAAGCUGGCCGUUGGCGAAUACCGUAGUUUUUGGGGUGCUUUUGAGUGAGAAUUACACUGAUGAGAGAUCAAUGGCUGCAUCUAAAGAUAAUCAGAGGGAGUAUUUUGUGACAUUUAUUUGUACUCUUGUGUUGGAGUUGUUCUAUUUUCCCGAGCUCUCGUUGUGGGGAUUGCUUAUAUGUGGUUUGUUGUUGUGGAUAGCGGUGAGGGAGCUGAAUCCUGUUAGUUUUAGUUAUCCUGAGUUGGGGUAUGAGUCUAAUGAGUCACGUGGUUUUGAGGUGAUGAAACCUCUUAGGCACAUUUUGAGUGAGCGGAAGUCACGCAAGAUUGCUCUGUUUCUGCUGAUAAACACUGCUUAUAUGGUUGUGGAAUUUGUGGCUGGUUUCAUGAGUAACAGCCUUGGGUUGAUCUCUGAUGCUUGUCACAUGCUGUUUGAUUGUGCUGCUCUGGCGAUUGGUUUGUAUGCUUCUUAUAUUUCGAGGUUGCCAGCAAAUGGCCAGUUUAAUUAUGGGCGUGGGAGGUUUGAGGUUCUCUCGGGAUAUGCCAAUGCUGUUUUUCUGGUUCUUGUCGGAGCAUUGAUCACAUUGGAGUCAUUUGAGCGGAUUUUGGACCCUCAGGAGAUUUCCACGAGUAGCCUGCUGUCUGUUUCGAUUGGAGGCUUGGUUGUGAAUAUGGUGGGGCUUGUUUUCUUUCAUGAGGAGCAUCACCAUGCCCAUGGUGGAUCUGGGUCGUGUUCACAUUCCCAUCACUCCCAUGGCGAAGAAGCUCAUUCACACGAGCAUCAUCAUUCACAGCAUGGCGACAAGCAUCAGGAACUUGUGGGCAUUGUCCAUGACUGCAGUGAGAAAUCGUGUUCAAAACACGAGGACCACCACCACCACCACCACCCGAAGACUAAGCCGCACAACCAUGAUCAUGAACAUGUUGAACUACACGGCCACAAUCAUCAUCAUUCCCAUGUAGAUGAUCAGCACCACCACUUGCUUCAUGACCACCAAAAUCAUGUCAGCCAAUCAGAUCAUAACCACAGCCAUUCGGGAGAGAAGGAAAAACAAGACCUCCACCUCCAUUAUCAGAAACAUGUUGAACCACACCACCACCACCACCACCACCAUGAUGUCAAUGUGGACAAUCAACAUCACCACUACAGCCAUUCGGGAGAGAAGGAAAAGCACGACCUCUACCUCCACCACCGGACUGAUCAACUCGGCCAUCAUCAGAAACAUGUUGAACCACACCACCACCAUGAUGUCAAUGUGGACAACCAACAUCACCACCAUAUCCACCACCACAAUCAUGCCGAAGAAAAAGAAAAGAAACAUCACCACCACCACCACAUUGACCACAACAUGCAAGGCAUCUUCUUGCAUGUCCUGGCAGACACCCUGGGAAGCGUUGGAGUUGUUAUCUCGACUUUACUGAUCAAAUACAAGGGCUGGCUCAUUGCUGACCCUGCCUGCUCAAUAUUUAUCUCAGCACUGAUUGUGUCAUCUGUGAUUCCAUUGCUUAGAAAUUCCGCAGAAGUCUUGCUGCAGAGAGUUCCCAGAUCCUACGAGCAGGAUCUCAAAGAAGCUCUAAACGACGUGAUGAAGCUGAAAGGAGUUCUUGGCUCCCAGAAUUUUCACGUCUGGAGCUUCACCAACACAGAUGUCGUGGGGACCAUCCAUCUCCAUGUUUCAGCAGACUCUGAUAAACUUUCCAUCAAGAAACAAGUUUCACACAUUUUACGCGGAGCUGGGGUCAAGGAUUUGGCUGUGCAGGUAAAAUGCAUCACCGAGUCACUUCAACCCUUAUGACUGCCUGCAUAAUGUUCCGGGUUCAGUUUGGGACAUGGUGGAAGUAAAGUAGAUUUACAACUGAUAGAAUGGCACGAAAUCGUGGAAGUAAAGUAUAUUUUCAACUGAUAGAAUGGCACGAAGCUACUAACUAUCGAUCAAAGGCGUCUCAACAAGCAGGUUUUUCUUGUCCAGAGAUUAUUUUAGUUGAUCACAGAACCCUAGUUUGUUGUUCUUGUUGAUCACAAAAAGAGGGCUAAGUUUAUGGUUCUUGUCUGCUGUAAAGGUGAGAUGUAAUAGAAGAUGAAGGUUUACCUUCUGAUUAUAUACACAAAAUGUAUCUGUAUUUUUGUAGAAUUAAACAUCAGUUAUUUAGAUGAUGAUUAUGUUUUGCUUUUAAAA